GUUGUCACUUACGCAACACUGCCUUCUUCAACUGUCACUCUCUCUCAGGCGACUUGCCAUUGACCCUUUAGUAAAGUCUCUUCCUUUCAUCUCUAUUCUUGGCCAUAAUGCUUUACAGACAAGCUCUCUUCCUCACAUUCAUCUCAGUUCUUGGAAACCAUCUCCCUUCACCAACAAAAGCAGAUUGUCCAUUGGACUUAACUUCAUCCAACUUCACACUCGUUGCCUCCGUCUGCUCAAACACUUCCAACAGAGCCAAAUGCUGCCGCUACAUGAACGCUUUCGUCGCUGUAUCCGUCUCUCGCUACGCUAACUACACCGCAGAUCUUGGAGUCACACUAGACUUAACUUCUAUCUGCAUCACCACCAUCUCUAGAGCCAUGGCACUCUACGGAAUCCCAACGAACGCAACUCUCUUCUGUGGACUAGGCACCAAGAUUCUUGUUAACUAUGACUGUGAAGGUCUCACCACUGUAACACAAAUGCUUCAGUCCCCAAAGUUUGGUGAAGUUUCUAGAAACUGUAAAUUACCGCUUCUUCAUUGCAAGAGUUGUUUGAACUCUGGUAUCACUUACAUUCGUAGUUUAGUGGAUAGAGGGAAUAAUAUUAAGAUGAGUACUUGUAGAGAUGCAGCCUAUGCUGCUUUAGCUAGCCGUGGCGACACUUCUUCAGCUCUUGAACUCGCUAGCUGCUUCUUUAAUGUCUCUGAGCUUAGCACCACUCCAUCUUCGUUGAGUCCAGAAGCUUCUCCAGUUCCGGUUGUAGCUGAUAGUCCAAGUGGGGAUGAUCUUGUUUUGUCUCCAAGGAAAAGUCACCGUGCUUAUCACUUGACAGUGGUUCCAGCUAUUGGGAUUGCUGUUACAGCUUUUUCUGUUAUGAUGCUCGCUGUACUAAUAGUUCUUAUCCAAAGAAAGAAACGGGAGCUUGAUGAUGAUGACUCCGAGAGCACUGAUCAUAAUCCAACUAAGACGCUUCCUUCUCCCCGCCCUAAAGUGAUGAUUCAUGAAGGUAGUUCGUUGGCUUUUCGGAAAUUUAGCUACAGGGAGAUAAGGAAAGCUACUAAAGAGUUCAGCACGGUGAUUGGUAGUGGGGGAUUUGGGACUGUUCAUAGAGCUGAGUUCAGUGAUGGGUUGGUUGCAGCUGUGAAAAGGAUGAAUAAGAGCUGUGAACAAGCAGAUGGUGAGUUUUGCAGAGAGAUAGAGCUUCUCGCCAGGCUGCAUCACCGCCAUCUAGUUGCUUUGAAAGGCUUUUGUACUAAAAAGAAUGAGAGGUUCCUUGUCUACGAGUAUAUGGCAAAUGGGAGCUUGACGGAUCAUCUACAUUCCACAGAGAAACCUCCACUUAGUUGGGCAACAAGGAUGAAAAUCGCAAUUGAUGUGGCUAAUGCUCUGGAAUAUCUUCAUCUCUACUGUGAUCCACCUCUCUGUCACAGAGACAUAAAGUCAAGCAACAUAUUACUCGACGAGAACUUUGUUGCUAAGCUUGCAGAUUUUGGCCUUGCACAUGCUUCCAGGGAUGGCUCCGUUUGUUUUGAACCUAUUAAUACAGAUAUUCGUGGAACUCCAGGCUAUGUAGAUCCAGAGUACGUUGUAACACAAGAACUGACAGAGAAGAGCGACGUGUACAGCUACGGAGUGGUGUUGCUAGAGAUCCUAACAGGGAGAAGAGCUGUUGAUGAAGGUAGGAACCUGGUGGAAAUGUCUCAGCCUUUACUGGUAUCAGAAUCAAGACGCAUAGAUUUGGUAGAUUCGAGAAUCAAAGACUGCAUAGAUGGUGAACAGCUGGAAACAGUAGUUGCGGUUGUGAGAUGGUGCACAGAGAAAGAAGGCGUGGCAAGGCCAUCAAUCAAGCAAGUCCUGAGGCUUUUGUGUGAAAGCUGUGAUCCGUUGCAUCUGGAGCUUGCAAUGGCGGUUGAGGAGCACAAAGGGAGGUCACUGAGAGGUGACUUGGCUUCUUCCUCUAGCACUACUUCAAGGUCGCAUUGUAGCAGGAGUUUCUUGCUUGAGACAGGCUCUCCACCAAAUGGUCUCUCCUUUUGAGUCAAGUCACUUCUAUAAAUUUGGCAUUUUGGAUCAUCAACUUGUUUUUUAGUUGCAGUUUUGGAAGAUAAAUAUGUUUUCUAACAGAGUCGAGAGUGAUUUAGUGGUCAUGAUAUAUAUAAACAACGAUGUCUUCAUAAACCACAACAAACAAGGAAACACAAAAGAUAGGGCUAUCAUCUAAACCUAGACUAAUGUAGGCCAGGGAGCAAAAUAUGUUUUUAUGCGCAAUGAAAAGUUCUCCUACUCUGUAACCUAGAUUUCCACACAAUUGUUCAUAAUCUCCUGUACAGGUAGCACUACUCUGUAACCUAUUACAUUAAUCCCAUGCCAAGUGGUGUCUGGUUUGAUCAGUUCUUGUUGCUUCGUUCUUAUAUUACCACGGACCAGUUAGUGUCCUUCUCAAGCAUUGCCUUUUGCUGCCCCACGGUUUCUUCGACGAUUCCUUCAGCUGCCAAUUCAAAAAGCAGUAGUAGUGAGAAACAUAAUCAAAUCCAGGAUGAGGCCACUCAAAAGGAAGAGGGGAGAAGCAAACAAUGUUUGACUUAGAGAUUCAGCUUCAGCCAGUAAAUGUUCGUUUUGGGACCAACAAUUAUUACUCGACUACAAUCUGGAUACCAGUAACCAUUAGACCUUUAAUGUUUUCUCAAUUUGGUUCUUAUGAUGCUGCAGCGUCAAUUUUAUGUACUUUGUCGAUUAACUUAUAAAAACUAAUAAAG